AUGGCCCGGCCCGGCAGCACCCCAACCACGCGCAGCAGCCGCUGCUCUCCACUCACCGUCACUGCACCCCCCGGCUCCAUCACCGUGGCCAAGGGCGAGGACGUGGUGCUGCCCUGCAGCUUCUCCCCGGAGCAGAAUGCACAGGACACGGAGGUGACCUGGUUUCGGGAGCAGUUCUUGCCCUUUGUGCAUCGCUACAAGUGGGGCCAGGACCAGUACGGGGAGCAGAUGGUUCAGUACCAAGGGCGCACUGAGCUGGGGAAGGACGGCCUUGCCAAGGGCAGCGCGGACUUGAGGAUCUUCCGUGUCCAACCAUCUGACACAGGGAAUUACACCUGCUUUGUUCAACGAGGCUCAGAUUAUGACGAGGCUGUGGUGGAGCUCAAGGUGACAGCCAGCGGCUCUGCCCCGCUCAUCGCGCUGGAGCGCUACGAGCACGGGGGGAUCCGGGUGGCCUGUCGCUCUGCCGGCUGGUACCCACGGCCCCGGGUGCUGUGGCACGAUCCCCACGGGCGCCAUCUCCCGUCCCUCUCGGAAAACGCUACCCAGGACAAGAAUGGGCUCUUUGCAGCUGAGAGCAGCAUCAUCCUCACCAGGGCUGGGAACCAGGAACUCUCCUGCUCGGUGCAGCACCUCCCGCACACACCGGGGCAGGGAUCAGCCCUUCAAGUCUCAGAUCCCUUUUUCCAAGAUGCCCAUCCUUGGAGGAUUGCCCUGGGUGUGGUCCUGGCUGCUGUGGCUCACUCUCCUUAUUAUCAGCUGUUAUGUCUAUUUAAAAUUAAAGGAAAGCAGCAGAAAGAAAUAGGAAAGCAGCAGAAAGAAAUAGAGCACAGGCACAGGGCCCUUAGGGAGCACUGCAGGGGACAUUUCACCCCACGCUCCUCCCUUGUUGCUGCAAACCUGCCCCUUCAGCGCUGCCCUGGAGCUGGAGCCCGUGCUCAGGUCUCCAGCAGCACGGUGCUGAUCUCUGCCCACAGCGGGCUCAGGGAGGAGGAACAAGCCCAGGAACUUGCGAACGUGGUUCUGGAUCCAGACACAGCCCACUGUGAGCUUGUCCUGUCUGACAAUGGCAAAAGCGUGACACGAGUUCAGACACGACAGGGCAUCCCCAAUAACCCCAAGAGAUUUAACGUGUGCCACUGCGUUCUGGGGCGUAAGGGCUUCACCUCGGGGAGACACUACUGGGAGAUGGAGGUCGAGAAUGCAGGAGAAUGGGUUGUGGGGGUGUCUAGAGUAGAUGUGAGAAGGAAGGGUGAGAUUGAGUUUAAACCAGAGGAAGGCAUCUGGGCAGUGGGGAACUGGGGAGGGCACUUCCAAGCUCUCACGUCCGUUAGUCACACUCCCCUUCCCAAAAUCCAGAACCCCAAGUGGAUCCGGGUCUCUGUGGAUUAUGAAAUGGGACAGGUGGCAUUUUUCAGUGUUGAUGAGGGGAUUCCCAUCUUCGUGUUUACACAGGCAUCAUUUGGGGGGAAAAAAGUCUACCCUUGGUUCUGGCUGGGUCCUGGGAUAUGUCUGAAAAUAUGUCCUGAUGAAGAGCAGGCAGAAAGAGAAGGGUCUCCAAGGCUGGAGAUCUCGUUACCUCUCUGCACCUCUGUUCCAUGCUGCAUCUCUCCAAGAUCUUUCUCUGAGGCCAGAUAUGCUGUUCUGGUCCCACUGCAGAUCAGUGGGAGAGGCCAUGGCCAAGACUUUGCGUGA